AUGAGCGUGUACGCCGUGCAGACGAACGUGACGAGUAUCUGCUCACCGUCCAACCCCGUGCCUCUCGUCGUGAAAGGAACGAUUACGUACGUCUGUAUCAACGUGAACGACGAGUACCGCACGCUCUUCACGCCUGUAGCGGAUAAGUUCACGGUGCUACGCAUCAGCGACUCGUGGAAUGAUACGCGUAUCGGAGCCAACCCAUCAGGUGCUUUCCUCACCGUCUCGAGCCUCAAGUAUCGCACCAACUAUAAGCUCUACUCGUCUGCGUCAACAAAUCGCAUCUCCCCGUACAUGACGGCCAUUAUCUCUGUGAAGAAAGGUGUUGUGCAAGGCGUCAGCUGGGACGAAGGCUGCUAUUUCUGCACAGCAGAGAUGUGUGACUACAACCUGUACUCGAAGCCAGAAGAAUCGGCAACCGGACGGCUGAGCGGACAAGGACAAACGUGUUAUAGCGCUGUGGAGAGCUGCUCGGGUUAUUCAACGAACGCUUCCGAUGCGAGCGUGACUGUCGGUGACGGCAGCUCUGCCGGUUCGAAUAGCACCAGCACCAGCACCAACACCACUGCACAGUGUGAUCUCACGAUCUACGUUGGUUGGACGGGCACGGACAAGAACGGUGAUUAUCUUGGCAGUGCGUCGCUGCGUAUGUCCCAGUUCUCGAAGUAUUCGAUCGGCUCGUUCUUCUCAAACAUCGGUGCUAGUCUUUCUAAGCUCGCUCCAACUAGCCGCUCAGAAGAUGCAAAUUAA